GGGUGCCGCCUCGAUGGGUGCCGCCUCGAUGGGUGCCGCCUAGAUGGGUGCCGCCUAGAUGGGUGCCACCUAGAUGGGUGCCGCCUAGAUGGGUGCCGCCUAGAUGGGUGCCGCCUAGAUGGGUGCCGCCUAGAUGGGUGCCGCCUAGAUGGGUGCCGCCUAGAUGGGUGCCACCUAGAUGGGUGCCACCUAGAUGGGUGUGUUGGGGGGCUGCAUGGCUGGAAACGUUGGUGA